AUGGCCAUUGUCGACCCAGCGACCAGAUCUCCAGCUCACAUCCGCCCCAGUAGCUGGGCCGAUGGCCUUCGGGGAAUUGCCGCACUGUUCGUAGUUGCGAGCCAUACCUGUCUCUGCUUUGCAAUAUACUUGGUCCCGCCGUCCUCCUCGGAAUUCGGACAAUCAUUCCUUUUCCAGCGUCCGUUUUUCAGAUUGGUGAUACAGGGUCAGGCGUGGGUGGCCAUCUUCCUAGUGCUACUUGGAUUUGUGAAUGCCCUCAAGCCACUCCAGCUAGCCCGCCGUGGAGCAACGGCCGAUGCUCUCAACGCCCUGUCUACUGGUGCCUUUCGGCGCAAGGGGAGACUCGUCUUCCCCGCAGCCCUGAUGACAUUUCUGUCUUGGCUAUUGUGUCAGUUCGGGGUGUUCCAAUUGGGUCGCCAGGUAGAUGCAUACUGGAUGCGGGCAACGAGUCCCAAACCAAGCUCUUCUUUGAUCACUGCCAUUGUUGAUCUUGUGCAAGAGGUGGUUGGCACUUGGACAUAUGGAGAGAACGCCUAUGACCAACCACAAUGGGCGUUGUUACAUAUUUUCCGUGGCUCGUUGUAUGUCUUCAUGGCUCUGCUGGCUUUGGUGAAUACCACGCCGCAGUUUCGCAUCUGUGCCGAAAUGGUCCUCUACGCUUACGCAUGGACGACACUUGAUGGCAUCGUCGGUACCAACAUUUUCGCUGGCAUGAUCAUGGCCGAAAUGUCAUUUUACAACUUGUCAGCCCUUCGACCACGCAUUUUGUUUAAAAUACUCCCCUAUGGACUCGUCACACUAGGCUUCUACAUCUGCUCUUAUCCCGACGAAUACGCAAACCAAACAGCAUGGUCUUCCCAGCUCGAAUCCCUCGCCCAAACCAUCUUCCCGAAAAAUGCGAAUGUCAGCAGAUACUAUGCCAGUCUAGGAGCACAGAUGGUCUGCUCUGGCGUGAUACUGUCGCCCUUCUUACGACGGAUACUCUCUCAUCCUGUACUGCUGUGGCUCGGAUCGAUCAGUUUCCCGCUCUACCUCAUCCACGGGCCUCUUAUGCGCUCUGUUCUGGUCUACCUCGUCUACCUGCCCAUGUCAAUUGGCUUCAAACCGAAUUUGCGACCCGAUGGGACAUCUGAUCCGGAGUCGUACAUUCCCACGCCGAACCCGUUCCGGCUGGGUGUGAUUCUUGUCAUAUUCUUUGCCUUCUUGCUCUAUGUUGUUCAGCAGUGGACGAUAUAUGUUGAACCGAAGAUGGCUGCACUGACGGAUGCUUUUGAGAGAUUUUCUCGCUCGUGGGGGAAGAAUGGGAUGUGGGCUAUCAGGAAUAAUGGUGCACUAUUGCCUCUCAAUUCUGCCAAAGAGAUCAAGGCAUGA